GAACCUCUUUUUUUAUUUUUGUUUCUUACAUAUCAGGCUAUCUAUUCUCACGAAACCUCGACGAACAAAAAAACACAUGAUUUUUAAGAUUUUCUUGAAUAUAAAGGGAGUUCUUGGAGAAACUGCUCAGUUUCAACGUUAGGUUAGGUUUUUUUUGCAAUGGAAGCCGAAACUCGACGGAAAAUCGAGGAAACUGUGUUGGAUAUACUCAAGAAAUCCAAUAUCGAACAAACCACUGAGUUCACCAUCCGAGUCGCUGCCUCCGACCAACUCGGCAUCGACCUCUCCGCGCCGGAGACCAAGCAACUCGUUAGAAACGUCGUCGAGUCGUAUCUUCUCACUGUCGCCGCCGCCGAUGGUAAACCGCCGCAAGAAGAGUCUAGAGACGACGUGCAACCCAACAGGGAGAUGAAGAAGGAGAAGGAGGAUUCAGAACGCGUUAUUUGCCAGCUAUCAAACAGGAGGAAUGUGGUGGUUCAAGAUUUCAGAGGGACUACACUGGUGUCAAUUAGGGAGUUCUAUCAUAAAGACGGAAAACAGCUCCCUGGUCCUAAAGGGAUAAGUUUAUCUACUGAACAAUGGUCAACCUUCAAGAACAGUGUUCCCGCCAUAGAGGAAGCUAUCAGGAAGAUGGAAGGAAGGAUAAGACCAGAGCUUAAUGGUGAGAAAAAUGGAGAUGCAGCAAAUUCAGUUGUUGAUGUUGCUCCUCUUGAGCUUGUCCCUAUCGAGAUCAUCCGGUUUGACGGGAGGAAUUACCAAUUUUGGGCUCAACAGAUGGAAUUACUCUUGAAACAGUUAAAGAUUCACCAUGUGCUUGUGGAACUAUGCCCAAAUGCUACAUUACGAGAAGAUGCAAGUGGUGAAGAAAUUGCACAAGCCAAAGCUGCUGAAAAGAGAUGGGUAAAUGAUGACCUAAUGUGUCGUCGCAACAUCUUGAGCCACUUAUCUGAUCAUCUUUUCAAUCAGUAUGUGAACAGAAAAAUGAGCGCGAAGGAGUUAUGGGAAGAGUUAGAUUUGGUUUAUCGGUAUGAGGAAUAUGGAACAAAGAGAUCUCAGGUGAAAAGGUAUAUUGAAUUUCAGAUGGUUGAUGAGAAAGCGGUUGUUGACCAAAUUCGAGAAUUGAAUAGCAUUGCAGAUUCUAUUGUUGCUGCUGGAAUCUCUAUUGAAGAGAACUUUCAUGUUAGUGUCAUCAUUUCAAAGCUUCCACCGUCCUGGAAAGGAUUCAGCAUCAAGUUAAUGCGUGAGGAGUAUCUACCUUUCUGGAAUUUAAUGGAACAUAUAAGAAUAGAAGAAGAAUCUCGCAAUGGAGUCAAACAUGUGGGUGAACAUUUUAAUAGUGUAAGAUAUCAUCAGGCCAAUACAAGUGGACACAGGGCUGCUGACAAUAGGCCACAUGGUAUGUAUAGGAAUAAGUUAGAACAAAAUACCAAGGGCAUAGCCUGUAAUGUUUGUGGCAAGAAGGGGCAUCUUUCUAAAUACUGCUGGAGAAGAUGUGAGAAGCAAGCCAAUGAAAGGAAAGCAGUGGAGGAUGAUAUGCGAAUACCUACAGCUGGUAAUACGCCUGGGGUUGAGUAACUUAUCCUUUAUUCUUUUAAGGUCUUGAGUAUUCUUCAUGAAGAGAAUGUGAAGAGUCUUGUAGACAUGUACAAUUAUGUUUGCUUCCACAUUCACAAUAGUCAGAAUCACAUAAGGUAUAAUAGUAUGUUUGAAUCAGCUUCCUUCUCCUAAGAAUCAAUUAUAGGAACCAGAAGCUUCUCUCUAGAAUUGAUUUUGACUUUAGAUUGAAAUGGAGAAGGAUUUUUGAACAUGCACUCAGUCAUCCCCUAGAGCUGCUUUUGACAUCUUGUGAAUUUUGUCCUAUGGCGCCAAUCCAAACACUGUUCUUCCCUAGCUACCUUUGUUGGGCAUAACCAUAACACCUUUUCUAAUUAGGCUAGGUUUUCAUGGUCCAUUUUUGUGUAAGUAAAUGUCCAUAUCCUUGGUGAAUUUAAUUUGUGCCUUUUAACCUCCUGGCUGAUUGAUUUAUAACAACAGUUGUAAAUUGCGCUAUAAAGCAACUGUACUUGGGCUCUGUUUGUCAAUAUCAGCUUAAUUUUAUGCAGUGAUUCAAUGGAGCAGAACCAGAUAGUUUUCCUGGAGGAAGUGAAAUAUUUGAAAAAUGUUGUCAGAGCAAA